AUGACAACCUUAUUGAAGAGAGCGUUCAGCAUAAGCCAAAACACUCUACUACUCCAAAAAACUACCUUGCCGCUUUUGUGCACGCGUGUGGUCUUUGCCACAGCACCCUCUCGGAUGUUCAUUCAUACCACCGGUGCCAUUAAAGAGGAAAAAAUCGAUAUCCGUCGAGAAGAAAUACCCGCGACACCUGCUUUCUCUCCCAUUGAACUGCUUCGUGAAAAGGCCUGGAAAAUUGAGCGACAAGCAGCAUUGCGUUCUCGCUGUAACUGGACAAAGGAAGAAGAUCAAAAGUUGCUUGAUUUGAUUGCAGCUCAUGGUAAACGAUGGACCAUGCUGUCAAGCCACUUUGUGGAUCGUUCACCCAGCAACGUCAUGAAUCGAUACCGCUUACUGAUGGACUCUUCUACAAGAGGACCUUGGGCCAAAGAAGAACUGAAAGCACUGGAAAAGGCGGGCCAAGGAAAAGCUUUUCACGAAAUUCAAGAUUGGAAGGCCAUUCAGAGCCAAUUGCCUAGACAGCGACCCACAUACAUGAUCAAACAGACGUACAAGCACAGCAUUGAUCCCAACAUCAAGCAUGGAAAAUGGUCAGAGGAGGAAAUCGAGAAAUUGACAUCACUGAUUCACAGAUACGGCGAAAAGAACAUGCAACAAGUGGCUCUAAUGAUGGGUUCAAGAACUGCUAGACAGUGCUUGGAGCGUUGGCGCUGGCAAAUGACGAAUGAAAAGAAGGGACGAUUCUCCAAGGAAGAAGGUGAUCAGAUUCUAGAUGCUGUGUCAAAGUACGGCGAGAAUUUUGCAGUGGUGGCCAAGGUGACAGGUAUCUCACGUACGCCGCGCCAUAUCUCACAGCACUACCACAACGUGUUGGCACCCGACAUUGACAAAUCAGAAUGGACAUUGGAUGAAGAAGAAAAGGUGUACAAAGCCUGCAUGAAACAUGGACGAGACAUGAUCAAAGCAAAGGAGGAUUUGGGCUCAAAGAGAUCAAAAAGAGACAUGUGGAAUCACUUUAAUCGGUACGAAAGAUUGUAUGUAAAAAACAAGGCUGCUGCUCCUUCUGAAAAAUCACAAUAA